GAAUCCGCAGCCCAGCGUUCCCUUUCGGCGCACCCUGGUGGCUUCAUUCCCGUUUAUGUUCUGGGUAUUAUGAACCAGUGAAGCCGGGUUCAGCAGUCUCUAUAAGGCUCUCGCCUUCAUCUGAUGCUGAAGCUUGAAUUCUGCAGAGCAGACAGGCAGGAAGGGAAGACGGAUGUAAAGAGAGUGAGGACAGGCUGGAGCCCCUGGGAAUAGACUGGAACUUCUAUCAGUCUCUCACUGCUCCCGAAGCUGGAUUUCUUUGUCAUAGGAGGAAAUGCUUCUGGAGCUGGGACAGAACGAGAUCCCCACACCACGGAGGGGAGCCAGCAGGGGAGGCACCUGUUGCAGAAAUUACCACGUCUUUUGUGAUCCUCUCUGUGGGCAGUUUAAUGAUAUUAAUAGUGUUAAUUGCAAACUGUGUAUCCUGCUGUAAGGACCCAGAAAUAGACUUUAAGGAGUUUGAAGAUAAUUUUGAUGACGAGAUUGAUUUUACACCACCAGCAGAAGACACGCCCUCUGUCCAGUCUCCCGCAGAAGUCUUCACACUUUCAGUACCAACUGUCUCGCUACCAGCUCCAUCGCAGUUCCAGCCUUCUGCAGAGGGUUUGAAAUCCCAAGUUGCCCGCCACAGUCUGAACUACAUACAGGAAAUUGGGAAUGGCUGGUUUGGAAAGGUGCUCCUUGGAGAGAUCUACACAGGCACCAGUGUAGCGAGAGUAAUCGUGAAGGAGUUAAAAGCAAGCGCAAGCCCGAAGGAGCAAGACACUUUUUUGAAAAAUGGAGAACCAUACUAUAUCCUUCAGCAUCCAAAUGUCCUCCAGUGUGUCGGACAGUGUGUAGAAGCAAUCCCCUAUCUUCUGGUGUUCGAGUUCUGUGACCUGGGCGACCUGAAGGCUUACCUGCGUGGUGGCGAGCCGGAGCCGGCGUGGGGGGACGCGCAAACGAUGCUGCUGCAGAGGCUGGCGUGCGAGAUCGCGGCGGGGCUGGCGGCCAUGCACAAGCGGCACUUCCUGCACAGUGACUUAGCCCUGCGAAACUGCUUUCUCACCUCGGACUUAAAUGUGAAAGUGGGUGAUUAUGGAAUAGGAUUCAGCAGGUACAAGGAGGAUUAUAUUGAGACAGAUGAUAAAAAAUUUUUUCCUCUUCGGUGGACUGCUCCAGAAUUAGUAACCAGCUUUCAAGACAGACUGCUAACUGCAGAUCAAACUAAAUAUAGUAAUAUCUGGUCCCUGGGUGUGACGCUUUGGGAGCUCUUUGAGAAUGCUGCUCAGCCUUAUUCCAACCUCUCCAACUUAGAUGUUCUCAACCAGGUCAUUCGAGAGAGGGACACGAAACUCCCAAAGCCCCAGCUGGAGCAGCCCUACUCCGACAGAUGGUAUGAAGUCCUGCAGUUCUGCUGGCUGUCCCCAGACAAGCGGCCGGCCGCGGAGGACGUGCACAGGCUGCUCACCUACCUGCGGAUGCAAAGCCAGAGGGACCCGGAAGUGGACUUUGAGCAGCAGUGGAACGCGCUCAAGCCCACCGCAAACAGCAGAGAUGCUGCAAGUAACGCCGCCUUCCCCAUCCUCGACCAUUUCACCAGGGACCGGCUUGGCCGAGAGAUGGAGGAGGUCCUCACUGUGACCGAGACCAGCCAAGGCCUGAGCUUCGAGUACGUCUGGGAGGGGGCCAAGCACGACCAUUUCGAUGAGCGUAGCCGGGGCCCCCCGGAUGAAACCUUGUCCUACACCAGCAUCUUCUUCCCCACGGAACCAUUCGAGAGCUCGCUCUCAGACCCUGGUCCUGGCAAGCAGGAUGACAGUGGCCAGGAUGUCCCCCUGCGGGCCCCCGGGGUGGUGCCCGUUUUCGAUGCCCACAACCUUUCUGUCGGUAGCGACUACUACAUCCAGUUAGAAGAAAAAAGCCGCAGCAACUUGGAGCUAGAUUACCCGCCUGCUCUGCUCACGACAGAGAUGGAUAAUCCUGAGAGGCUUGGGGACAGCGCGUCCCAGCGUCUGACGCUCAGGAGCCUGGAGCUAGAGGAGUCCAGUACAGAGGAGGAUUUCUUCCAGAACAGUGCAGACCCCAAAGACGCCAGCAGACCCAAGGAGGUGCACAGCACCAAGGGCCCCGAGAGCCCUUUCAACAGUUUAUUUAAUGACCUUGAGAAGUCAGAGGCUUUGCCCAGUCACCAAAAAAUAUUUGACUUGAUGGAACUAAAUGGAAUCCAAGCUGACUUUAAGCCUCCCACCCUGAGUUCAAGUUUGGAUGACCCCAAAGAGUCCGUAAUUGCCCGCCACUUGGAGAAGGAAAAGCCCCGUAAGCUUUUUGACUGCGAGCCUCUUUACUCCACAAACAAACUCGUACACCAAGAUGGUUUUGAUCAGCUGGACACUGAAGAGUUGUCAGAAAACUUUUUAUUUCUUCAAGAGAAGAACUUACUGAAAGACUCUUUUUCCAGCAAAGAGCAUGUAAAUGAUCUGCAGACAGAACUCAGAAAUGCUGGCUUUCCUGAAUCCAUGUUAGAAACUCCCAGUAGAAAGUUUGUAGAGGCUGAGCCUAAGUUUGCUGAAAAUAAACCGGACUCUUCACUGCAGGAGAGCGUCAGCCUGCAGGACAAGGAGUCGGGCGCAGCGCCCAAGGGUGGUGCUGGGGCAGCGGCCUCACCUUGCUCCCCACAGCCGCAGGUACCUCCUACCUCGCUCGAAAGCCAGGGGCCGCCUCACGAUGUGCCCCCGGGGGCGGCCCUGAAGCAGGGCGGAGCCAGGCCCAUGUGUCCAGAGGGCGGUGUCCGGGAAGACGGCACCUGCCGAGAGGCAAACCCAGACUUCACGCCCGCCCCGUCGGACACCCCCGCCCCCACCGGCAGCGGGUCCCCAGGCCUGACUCAGAUGGGGGAGGGGGCCGUGAGCCUGACCCAGAGCGACCCCAGCCUGGUCCAGGACACCCCCACCAGCAAGGUGAGUAUAGGGAACGGCCUUCCAGAAUCGAGGCAGAACUUAAAAAACCAGCUGCCUUUGGAAGACCACAGCCCUCGAGGCCCGCGGGAGAGAGCCCGGGAGGCCGCGGAGGCGCUGGGGCAGCUGGGUCGUAAAGAUGCUGCUGCAGAGGAAGGCGGUUUGGUGUCCGCCUUCUCCUCAGACUCGGCCAGUCAGGACAGCCUCCUGGAGGACAGCUUGUCGGCGCCUGGCCCCCCUUCCGAGCCAUCCACGGAGACCCCGGACUCCCUGGAUUCGGUGGAUGUCCAUGAGGCUUUCCUGGGCUCCUUAGGCCCUCAUGCGCCACAGAAACUCCUGACCCCCGACAAGCCAGCGGACAGCGGCUAUGAGACGGAGAACCUGGAGUCCCCCGAGUGGACGCUGCACCCGGCCCCCGAGGGUGCCGCGGCGCCCGACACAGCUUCGGUGGGUGAGAGCGUGCCCGCCGGGCUGCCUCCCAAGCCUGUCAUCGUCAUCUCAGACGCCGCCGAUGGCCACAGAGGCGCAGAGGCGACCUCGCAGACUGCCGCGCCUGCGUCCCAGGGCUCACACCGAGACUCUGCGUACUUCUCAGACAACGACUCUGAGCCUGACAGGAGGUCGGAGGGAACCCCGGGCACCUCAGCGUCGAACCUGGGAGCGGACCAGCCCCUGCCUGAGCCCGGGGUCCUGCCGCAGAGUCCUGGCCCCCUGGACAGCUGCCUGGACACCAGCAGCAGCCCGCCUGACCCUAGCUGUCCUCCUGCUCCGCAGAACUCCCAUCACCUGGAAUCCAGAGAACCCGCAGAACCAGCUACCCCUGAUGCUCCCACACACACACUUCCCCCCGAUGAUGAGGCCGGCAGCCCCUCGAGUCUGCAGAACUCGGAGCUGAGCAGCGGGGAUGACCUUGAGGCCCCCGAGGAGCCCCCCUGCACGUUGGCUUCCACUGGCACCAACACCGACGAACUCCUGGCGCUGACCCACGCCCCGCUCCGCUGCAGCGGCCCCGUGGCCCCGACGCCAGAGAAGGCCUUGUGCGGCCACUCCGAGGGCCCCAAGCUGAAGGAACCGGAUGUGGAGGGAAAGUACCUGGGGAAGCUCGGCGUGUCGGGCAUGCUGGACCUCGCCGAGGAUGGGAUGGAUGCUGACGAGGAGGACGAGAACAGUGAAGACUCGGACGAGGACCUGCGGGCCUUCACCCUGCACAGCCUGAGCUCCGAGUCCGAGGACGAGGCUGAGCACCCGGUGCCUGUGGUCCUCAGCCGCGAGGACGGCCUCCAUCUGCGGAGCCUGCUGAAGCCCUCAGACCCGCCGCCCGGCUGCAGGAGGGAGAGGAAGGCAGUGACGUUUUUCGAUGAUGUCACAGUCUAUCUCUUUGACCAGGCGGAGGCUUCGAGUGGGACGACGACUUCUCCCCAGACCCUUUCCUGUCAAGGACGACGAGUCACCUCCUCAGCUCCAAGCCGGCGCUUCAGACCUCCAAGUACUUCUCCCCGCCGCCGCCCCGCAGCGCGGAGCCCAGCUGGCCGCACGCAGCCCCCUACUCCAGGUUCUCCAUCACCCCCGCCAGCAUCGCCAGCUUCUCGCUCACGCACCUCACAGAUUCGGACAUGGAGCAGGGAGGAAGCAGCGAAGACGGAGAGAAAGACUAGGCGAUGCCUAGGCCCCUCGGACACAGGUUGUUCUGGCGGCAGUGUCCCAGGCCAGGACGAGGCCGCCGGCGCCCGGCCAGUUCUCCUGCACCGGCUGCCACCCAGGCCUCCCCUGACCACCGGAAGGGCCGAUGUGGGGGCUGUGGGCUCCAGGUGGCUUCCGGUUCCCACGUGGAGUGUCCUCCGCAUCCACACCUGUGUGUCCCGUCCGUGUGCAGGGCCCUGCGGACCACAAGGGGAAUGGCACCAGUGAGCCAUAUUUAUUGUUUUUAAAGAAAUCACUAAUUGCUUUCUGUAAUUGCACUGUGGAUAAAUGUCCUAAGAGUCCCUGAUACUGUACAGAAUCUUAAAUUAUUCAAGGAAAAUAAGGCAGGUCAAGCUGGUGCUAUCCACUAGUUUGAUUUUUUUUUCUUCUGUUUUAUAGUUUGUUUGCUCUGCAUGGUACUCGUAAAGCUUAAGUAUUUUGAGUGUUAUGUUGUCUUUAGAAAUUGUUGGAAUUGUACAUAUGGUACUCUUUCGUAAAUGAUAAAUGAUUCCGAAUGUUAGUAUUUUAUGUUCUUAUAGGAAAUAUUUUUGAUGAGUCGGAAAAGACUGCGCUGUUUCAUUGAUUGAAUGAACCACAUCUCUGUCUGUUCUCUAUAAGGUGGUCUGUCCCUGUUACAGAUGAGGCUUCUCCGAGGAGCUGACGGGUCUUGCAGCCCCUCUAUAUGAUUCUCCCACUCGCCCCUCCCCCGCCUUUCAGAAAACCCUCUUGGUACAAAUCAUGGGUGGUUCCCAGAGCCAGCUGCAGUUGGCACGUCCAGCCCCUUCCCCGCUGGGGCCUAAGUCCCCUGUGUUGGGUUUAAGCAGUGCAGGUGGCGGUGGCCCGGGGCCCCUGUGGUCACGCCUGCCUUCAGGCCCACAGAAGCUGCUCCACGAAGGGCUCUGGGAGCCAAGGCCUGUCUGGGCUCCUCCUGUCUGUGCACUUGAGGUGUUGAGCUGCUCACAGCCCCCAGAGCCAGUCCGGAUCACGUCUCGCCCGGGUGAGGCUGGUGUCUGGAACCAUGGGUACUCACUACACCCCUCGACUGUGAGGGGGGACACGGGACACCGGGGAGCCGCCGCAGGCAGCGUGUCCUCCCUGUUGGGGCCUGGGGCGGCCUGAGUGGCCGUCACCCUGGGCUCACCUGCACUGACCCCUCCCUUCUGCGUUAAGCCCCCGGUUCUCCCCUUGCUCUGAAAGGACCGAGCCCGUCCAGUGCAGUGCCGUGGUGUUGGCUGGAGCCCGGCGUUCGUGGCAAAAAGUGGACCUCACCCUGCGGUCCUUGAGUUCUGCUUUGCCUGCAGCAUGGCAGCCGGUGCGGAGGGAGGCUGGCAUGUGGGCGGGGGAGCCCCGGAGCAUGGGCCCCGAACACCGGCCUCUCCCCCGGGGGUCUCCUUGCUGACGUCCUUCCCUGGUGUUAGCAGGACGCGGGGCCGACCCUCCAGGCCUCGGGCUGUGGGCAGGGCGUCGGGCCCCGAUGCAGCUGUGUCCACUGGCAAGAGUUUUCGUAGUGCAUCGUGACCUUCGUUAUCAAGUCGGGCUUGCUCCCUUUUUAUACUAGCAAUAACUUUCCAGAGCAGGCCAACUCCGGGUGGCGGGAGCGCCCCUCCCCUCCCCCGUGUGAGCCCGGCAUACUGCCAAGCUGGACCUGGGGACGCGCGUGUCGAAAAGACAGCUAACAGGGCAUUAGGAGGUAAUUUUGCCAAAACUGUUGUAACUCUUAAUUUCUUGCUAUGGAGACUUCCUGUGUGUUCUGAAUUUUUACAUCUACCAAUCUUGGUUGAAAGAAAAAUGAGAUGCAAUUACAGUAGUUUGUGGUUUUUUUUUUUUUAAUUAUAGGUUUAAGGAGUUCAGCUCUAAUGACUAAAAUCAAGCAGAUCCAUAGUAUAUAUAGUCUUAUACAGUCAGCCCAGGGUAAAUUUAUUGAUUCUUUGGGGCUGUACAUUUUUCAGUACGAUUAAGGAGAUUUUAACAACGUAAUUCCCAUUUUAAUUUAAGGUCUGUAUCACUCAUCGAUUGCCAAAAACAUUUUAUACGAGGGGGUGGGGGCAGGGUUGGAAUAGUAGGUUUUAGUGUGGUGUUGCAUGGUUGGGAAGACUUUAUAUUUAUAAUAAACACGUGAAUUAAUAUGUUCUUCUGAAAAAUCUCAAGCAAUACACAGGAAAUGAUGUACAGGAAAUUAUGUAGAUUAAAAAUUUCAGCGCAUUUUUGAGAUGUCAGCACACGCUUUGCUGUUUGAUUCAGUUUUGUUUUACUCAGUUGGUUACCAGUAGUGGGUUUCUAAACCACUCCUGUUCUCAGUCAUGCAGUGAAAAAACAUCGGUGGAAUUCUCGAGAAGAUAUCGGUGAGGUUCAUCAUACCUGGUUCACAACAGUAUUUCCUGACCUCCUUUGGGAUCUGUCUUACUUUGGUGGAGUUCACAUGUCUUAAACCCCACGAUAAUCUAUCCUUCACCUCCUUCCUAGCUAGGUGUUAACUUGUGUUAUCCAGUGACUCAGUCACAAGCUGGAAAGAGAAGGGUAGGAAAAGUGCUCCCCCCAGAUCCUCCUGAAACCCGGGCUGCAUGUCUGGGUGAGAAGCUGUUCAUCUUGAGGCUGAAGAAGCUCCAGGAGGCUGAAUGGAGAACAGAGCCCAUCUGUUCUAUUUUUAAAUGUGCAGGCGAUUGUUUCUAUGGAAAUGGAUUUAUCUCAGAAAAGUCUUUCUCUCUGUCUUGCUGCCGUAAAACGCCUUUCAAAACCUCUUCCUUUUAUCACCACCUCCCAUGGGGUGUCUCUGGGGUUAAUGACUUACGGCAUGUUUGUCCUGAGGGCCCGGGGCCGAGAGGGGCAGCUCCUGGUUUUCUGAAAGUUCCAGAAGUGAACCGUGUGUGAGGCUGCAGAUGAGGGCUUUGUCACCGGGGGCUUCGUCACCAGGGGCUUCAGAGGAUUAGCCUUCUGAGAGGUAGCCUUAAAACAAGAGUGGGUGUACACAGUUACUUCCUAUUUAAAACCUCAGAAACAUGUUCCUAAGUGGUAAGGGGGGGAGGGGGCGGGUUUGGCUCAAGUUUUGGCUCUCGAAAAGGAAAGCUCUCUUUAGUUAUAAAAAUGAGUUCUCAAAAGAUGUGUUGACAGUAUUGAAUCACCAACAACCUGUUAUGUGAAUGGCUGGAACACAGUUAAGUUCAGGUUGGCACAGGCACAGACAGAUGGCAAUCACAGCCCGAUGUGCGUAGCCACUGCUUCAUCCCAGCUGCCGGCGCCCCGCAGGGCUGCCCCACCUCCAAGGUUUCACUGUUGUGCUUAGACUCGGUUGUAAGAGGUUCACGGCAAUAUAACAAGUUAAUGAACUUUGAGUUUAAA